AAGAACUUCGUGAUAAAAAAUUAUCCGGUUUGAAUAUCAAACCUAUUGAUUUAUCAAAAGAUUUUGCUGAUAAAUUGGAUACUACUUUUGAUUAUAAAAAUGAUAUUUUGUCAGAGUUUAAUAAACUCAGAAGUUACCCCAAAAAGAAUAGUAAGUUUGCGGAUAGCAGAUACGCUGAUAAACCCAGAAUGCAAACUUAUUAUUACAAUCGUCCAACUCCUCAAGAUGUUUUAAUAGAGGAACGUAAUUGGAAUCAGACUAAUACGUCUUACAGUGGUUUUACUGGCCAACUUCGUGGUUGGUGGGAUAAUUAUUUGACUAUCGAAGAAAGAGCAAUGGUUAUUAAUGCUCAAGCCACUGACGAAGGAGUUGAUAACUUAGGCAUGGCCCUAGUGGCAAAUAGAGAAGAUGCUGUUUAUACUCUUAUUCUUACUAUAUUAGAACACUUCAACGGUAGAUUUACCAACCAGAAUGAGACUGUCCGUACUCUCCUUAAUGGCCUUAGAUGUAAGACCUUAGGUGAGUUUAGAUGGUAUAAAGACACUUUUAUGAGUAGAGUGAUGGAACUACCAGAGAAUAAGCUUGAACAUUGGAAAGCUAAGUUUAUAGAUGGCCUUCCCUCUUUAUUUGCUGAAAGAGUUAGAAAGAUUUUAAGAGGUAGUUAUGGUGAAAUUCCAUACAGAGACUAUACCUAUGGUAAACAGCUUAAAAUGGAUAAGCUUAAGGAAAGAAACCAAUUAGGGGACUUUUGCACCCAGUUCGGUUUACCCGGUUUACCCGAGACUUCUACUCAUAAGAAGAAGAAACAUAAGUAUCAUAGAUACCCCAACCAAGACAGUCCUUAUAGGAGAAAGAGAUCUAGAUAUAGAUCCAAAGAAGAACGAGAAGCUAAGAAAGCCCAUCGUAAGUCUACUAGAUUUACCAAAAAUAGGUCUAAGAGAGAUCUUGCUGACAUUAAGUGUUAUAAGUGUGGUAAAUUUGGCCAUAUAGCCCCGAAUUGUAAGCUUCAAAAGCUGAAAACCUUAGGACUAGACGAUGAGUUACGUGAUAAGGUUUAUGAUUUGUUAUACACUUUUGGUGAAGUUGAAAACUUGAAACGAGAGAUCAAAUCUCUUAAACAAAAUCAAAUGAUUUGUGAUCAUAGGAUUACUCAGAUUGAGAAAAUCAAUUCUCCAGCUGAGAAAUCUAAUGAUAAAAACAAAGGUAUUUUUGAAAAUGAUAUUGAAGAAAAACCUAUUAGUUUUAAUCCUAAACAUGAUAAUUUCUCUGAGGAUGAUAUUCCUACUAAAUCUCGACCUUGUCAAAUGAACGUGGAAUUGGUGGAAUUCUGCAAAAAAGAGAUUGAUAGCUUGUUACAAAAGGGUUUGAUAAAACCCUCAAAAUCUCCUUGGUCUUGCACAGCUUUUUAUGUUAAUAAUGCAGCUGAAAAGGAACGUGGUAUUCCUAGAUUGGAAGGAGAUAAAGAAGAAAUGAUUAACAACUACUUGGAAGAAGUCAAAAGAAAUUUACUUCGUUCUAUUAAUCAAUAUGAGAAAUCAGACACUUCUAUGAAGAGUGAAACCAGCAACGAUGAUAUCGUUGAAGAUUCUCAGCCCUUUGAAUCAGAGAAAAUAUUAUCUGAAGAAGAUUUGCAAGAUGCGGAAGAAUUCAUCCGCAAAAUGAAAGAAUCAGACAAAAGACCAGUACCGUGA